GCGGGCUCUUUUCGGCCGCCAUACUGUGGGCUUGGCGAGGCGGCCGCGGGAGGUGCGCUGUGCAGCGCCGGGAGCCCCGCCGCCGGGAGCCGUGAGGACAGCUACCGCGCCAUGGAUCUGGUGAGCUUUGAGGACGUGGCUGUGCACUUCACCCAGGAAGAGUGGGCUCUGCUGGAUCCUUCCCAGAAGAGUCUGUACAGAGAUGUGAUGCUGGAGACCUGCCGGAACCUCGCUGCCAUAGGAUAUAUAUGGGAAGAACAGACUAUUGAAGAUGAUUGCAAAAAUUUUGGAAGAUAUCAAAGGCACACCAUCUCUCACUCUGAGUACACGCCAUAUGAGCAUGAGGAAUGUGGAAACAUGCCAUGUGACCCCAGUUACCUCGCAAAUGUUCAAGGACACACGGGUGCUCACACUGUGAAUGGACCUUGUGAAUGUGAGGUAUGUUUAAAACCCUUUGGUUUUUCAAGUACACUUGGAAUAUAUCACCAAACUCACAGUGGAAAAAACUUCUGUGACUACAAGGAAUGUGGAAAGGCUUCUGUUUAUCAUAGUUCACUUUACACACAUGGAGGGACUCACACUGUAAGAAAACGUUACGAAUGUAACCAGUGUGGCAAAGCUCUGAGUUCUUACAGUUCACUUCAAAGGCAUGAGAGAAUUCACACGGGAGAAAGACCCUAUAAAUGUAAUCAGUGUGGCAAAGCUCUGAGCUCUUCCACGUCACUUCAAAGGCAUGAGAGAAUUCACACGGGGGAAAGACCCUAUAAAUGUAAUCAGUGUGGGAAAGCCUUUAGAUGUCACAGCGCCCUUCAGUUACACGAAAGGAUUCACACUGGAGAGAAACCCUAUGAGUGUCAGCAGUGUGGGAAAGCCUUCACAUGUCACAGUUACCUUCGAUUGCACGAGAGGACUCACACCGGAGAGAAACCCUAUGAGUGUAAACAGUGUGGGAAAGCCUUCAGGUGUCAGACUUCCUAUCAUAGACAUAAAAUCAUUCACGGUGGAGAGACGUUCUAUGAGUGCAAGCAGUGUGGUAGGCUCUUCAUUUACCCCUCCCUACUUCAGAUGCACGAGAGAACGCACACCAGCGACAGACCAUAUAAGUGUGAGCAGUGUGGGAAGUCCUUCCUUUACCCCUCUUUGCUUCAGAUGCACGAGAGGACGCACACAGGAGAAAAGCCCUAUGAGUGUAAGCAGUGUGGUACAGCCUUUAGACAUCACUCUUCCCUUCGACUGCACGAGAGAACGCACACAGGAGAAAAGCCCUAUGAGUGUCAGCAGUGUGGGAAAGCCUUCACUCGCCACACUUCCCUUCGAUUGCACGAGAUAACUCACACUGGAGAGAAACCCUAUAAAUGUAAAGAGUGUGGGAAAGCCUUUAGACAUCACUCUUCCCUUCGACUGCAUGGAAGGAUUCAUAGUGGAGAGAAACCCUAUGAGUGUAAACAGUGUGACAAAGCCUUUAUACGUUACAGUUACCUCCGAUUACAUGAAAGAACACACACAGGAGAAAAACCUUAUGAAUGCAAACAGUGUGGGAAAGCCUUCAGCCGUCACAGUUCCUUUCAGAGACAUAAAUCUAUUCAUGCUGUGGAAAACCCCUUUGAAUGUCAGCAGUAUCUAAUUCCUUUAUCCCUGUUUCCUCCAAAUACAUCAGACAACUCAUAUUGGUGAAAAGCACUAUGAAUGUGACAGUGUGUUAAAGUGUUUGUCCUUAUCCACAUGUAAGAACUGAAGAUGUCACGUGGUAAACCUUGGCCAUAUGAAUGAUAUGGUUUAGACUUGAAAUUCUCGAAGGAAUUCAUGCUGGGCACGGUUCCUACAAGUGUAAGCAAUGUGUGGUAAGCCUUUGCUGGCCACCCUUCUUUCACAGAAACCGAUUCAUGCUGGGGAAAUGCCUUAUGAAUGGAAACAAUGUGGCCAGUCUUUUAUCCCUAUUUGCUUCAAACACGAAAGGACUCACAGUGAAAAUGUUGUGAAUGUCAGCAGUGUGCUGAGCCUUCAGGAGAUGAUGUGGGUUCCUUUGGUAACAUGAAAGACAUCUUAAUGGAGGAAAAAACCAUGCUGUUUAGAUGUCAUUGCUUCCAUAGAUUCCGUGAAUGAACUACUGGAAACAAUUCUGUGAGUGGAAACAAAGCUGUGACACCUUCAUGCUCACAGUUCUUUCAAAGAUGCAUAAUGAUUGAUGAUGGAACAAAGCCUUCUUGUACUUGUAAAGAGUAUGGUAAGUUUUUGGUUGCUGGGAGAUGGACAGAUGUUUUUAUCGGUAGUGUAGCUUCCUGUAAGUUGCCUGUGCUCAGUAGGUCCAGUCCCAUUCAAUGGCUGCCCAGGCUGCACGUGGGUGGAAUCAUUUCUUUGCUCCUAUCCUCGGUGCCCUGUCUGGGUGAAUAGACGCUUGUUCAGCGCGUGGCCAGGGAAUGUCACAUAACACCUGACAGUCACAACGGAACCAAAGACAAGUUUGAGAGGAGCACUUGCCUCGUCUCUGCUGUGGGUGAUGACAUGUGCCGCUGAAGGGAAGCUUUCUGUGGGAGGACCGUCUGCGGUGUUCACUCUGAAAUGCAGUCCUUCCGGGGUGCCAUGGAACGGUGUGCCUUCUUGUGCAGUACCAGCUGGGUUGCCUGUGCCAUGCAACUCAAAUGACUUUUGCCACAUGGAGCCCACCCCCUUGUACAGGUGGGACAGGGUUAUGUAGGCAGCGGGUGCACAGCCUUGCUCUGGGUAAUAAGGCAUGCAGAUAAGGCUUAGCUGUCUGCUAACAUGAACUUGCCCCUCUGAAGGAGGAGUCACUUUGAGGAAAAGAUGUGCAGAUGCUGUCCCCUGUAUUGGCUCCAAAAAUGGCAGGAAGACUAAGGAAGGACUGUGGGAAGGAGGUGGGAAGGAGUGAGCUGCUGGCUUCCGGCUCUCACAGCUGGAGAUGGCAUAGGGGGAACAAAUUCAGAGCUAGGUAGUCCCUCUGGAUUCCUAAAACUUGAAGCCUCCGUAAGCCUUGAACAGCGAGGACGCCGCAUUCGAAGGGAGUGAAGUAGAAGUGAUAAUGUCCCCUAGGCCUAACCUUUACUACAGAAGAACAGGAAGUUGGUGGUAGAGCGUAUGAGUAGUGGAGGCCUAAACAGUAGCCCGGUAGGGAAGCUGUGGUAGUGAAUAUUCUGUCUUUGCGAGGCUGUAAAGCUUGAGGAAAAACCGUCAGUGAAGGAAGGUCUCAUAAAGUAGUGCAGCUGAGAAGUCUGCGCUUUCCCUGGAGUCGUUCCCCAGAGUGAGUUGUAUGCUCUCCUGCAGGAAAGGAUGCUUGUGUGUAACUUUUUAUUCAGCCCAGGGACCUCUCGGCAGCCAGGCACGUUCGUCCACUGAAGAGGCAGCAGUGUGCGACAGCUUGGGCCCAGAGGCUGUCAGACCCGGGGAGUCCGUGGGGUACAGCAGGUGAGCAUAUCUGGUUUCCCCUUGGCCCCCACACCAGUUAGAGAACAAGAGCCAGCUCCUUCCCCACCACGGCUGCGCUCAAGGUGAGGCGCAGGUGGAUCAGAAAGGACUAGGUGGUGCAGCCUCCCGUCUACACCUCUGUGUCUGUCCUCAUAAAGAAGGACUAGGUGGUGCAGCCUCCCGUCUACACCUCUGUGUCUGUCCUCAUAAAGAAGGACUAGGUGGUGCGGCCUCCCGUCUACACCUCUGUGUCUGUCCUCAUAAAGAAGGACUAGGUGGUGCGGCCUCCCGUCUACACCUCUGUGUCCGUUAUUGGUUUUGGUUUACUUCUUGUUUUCUUGAGGCAAGUUCUUAGGUAGCUCAUGCUGGUCUCAAAUUCACUGUGUAGUCGAGGAGGAUCUGGGAAGUCCUGAUCCUCCUGCCUCCUCUUACCAGAUACUGGGGUUGCAUGCACAAGUCACCCAAUCUGUUUUUCUGGGCUUUGAAACAAACCUAGGCUUCAUGUAUGCACUCUCAGCUGUGCUAUGUCUGUCCUCAGGUCAGCAUUGAGGAAACACGUGGUCCAGGUGACAGAAUCCUCAUGCUGUUGGAUCUUGUUAAUCUAUUUACUGCCCUCUAGCUCCUGACUGUCGAGUCCAGCUGGCACUUGUUUGGGAUGGUGGCUUGUGGGUGCUCAGUGAUCCUGAGACCCCUGUGUGAAAAGGUGUCACCACUGACAUAAUGCCAGCCUGUGAGUGUUCCACAGAGUUAGAAAAGCACCCGUGUGAGCUGAAACAGUGACGACCAAAAGGGAGGUACACGUGUGCACAGGGCAGGCACAUGGGGAAUUCUUGGAGUGUUGUAGUUGGGUAAGACACAGGCGAGACAAAGCAAGGUGAGUGAGGGAAAUCCUUCACAGCCACUGGCUGACGUUAAAUGAAUAGUUGAAAACCUUGAAUGAAGACACCCUUGUAUGUGGGCUACUUCUCCAGCAGGGGUUGGCCACAGAUGCCCCCAAAGUCCCCAGAUGGUACUGGCUAUUGCCAGUGCUAUAGUUGUCUCUAGCACUAGUGUUAAGGCUGUGCCUGAAGACACCACAUGCUUUGUUUGCCGAGUAGGAGAAAACAAGCUGAAACAGCUGGAAGCCGCCUCCCUGCUGGCCAGCAUUCAUAGGUCCUGUAGGUGCAGACUACUAUGCAGCACUGCUCAGCUCUGGGCCCUGUGUAUUACUAAAAUGUCAAGCAAGAUGUGCCUGCUAGGGCCUGUGAGACGGCCCAUCUGGCAAAGGUGCUUGUUGCCAAGGCUGGCAACUUGAGUUAGAGCUCAGAACCCAUGUGAUGGAAAGAGAAACAAACCCUGCAAGUUGUCUUCUGAUUUCUUCAUGCAUCUUCCUGGAAUGAUGUAGAAAUAAGUGUCGUAUAGUUGCUAGGACAACAGUGGCAUGUUUUAAUGAGAGUGAUCAACUGCUUUCUGGUUGGAUUGAAGGCUUGCUCUGCAGGGGUCAAUUCACAUCUCUUAAGCCCCAUCCACAACCUAUGGCCUGACAGUCAUAGGGUAAAGCUAUUGGUGUUUGCUAAACGGGUAUAUUUCUGUGAAAUGACUGUUUCAAGUUCUGUGUUUAUGCCUGUAGAGUACUGCUCCCGCCAUUUUUGGAAAGAGAAAUUCGUUUUUGCUGUAGGCAGUAGUUACUGAUGAGCCUUAUCACUCCCUCCUAGGCUUGGGCAAAUUUCUAGAAAAUGGGGCACCAGAGGAAGGGAUGGCAUGCUUUGGAAUGCUGUCUUCUGAGCAUACCAUUGCCAGUCUUGAAAUUCCAGUACCUGUGAUGACCUGUAGGAGCCUGCACAAGAUUGAGGCCUUUGUAUCUAUGCAGAGGGAUGGACAUGGAUCCCUGGCAACUUCCCUGAUGAUUUACAGGCUAUUAAUAUUCAUUGCAGGGAGGGAUCAAGAGACCUUUCUCUCCCUGAAUAUAUGUUUUUGAUUUCAUUUUCGUGAGACAGGGUUUCUCUGUGUAACACCCCUAGCUGUCCUGGAACUCACUCUGUAGACCAUGUUGGUAUUGAACUCACAGAGAUCCUCCUGCUUUUGCUUCCCAAGUGCUGGGAUUAAAGGCGUGUGCCACCACAAACUGGCCCAUCCCUGGAUAUUUUUGGGCAGUUAAUGAUACUUACACAGGAGAGUCUCACAUGACCUUACACCUCCUUUGGAUAUAAAAGGAGGUAAUUGUUGCUGGUAAAGGGAGAAACCCUUUCUUCAGUGGAAUACCUACCCAUAAUUUCCCCAUGUUCCUGUCACUAACCCUUUAUAGACCCAUGCUCCUCCUGUAAGUAACCCUGAUUAAAAUGAUUGGUUCUCCAA